AUGAAGUGGCCAGUGCGCAAUCGCUGCCAGCACUACAAGUCCAACAUGGCAGCACAGCAAAGUGAAGUUGAUGUUCUCUUCGAUGUUCGGAACGCUCUCUACUUAGGAAACUUUCAGCAAUGUAUCAAUGAAGCUCAGCAACUGAAGUUGCCUGGUCCAGAAGAUCGGCUCGAGCGUGAUGUCAUUAUGUACCGGGCUUACCUGGCACAGAAGAAGUAUGGUGUUGUCUUGGAUGAGAUUCGUCCAUCUUCAGCUGAUGAACUAAAAGCUGUGCGACUACUCGCUGAAUACUUGGCAAACCCCGCAAAAAGGGAAAGCUUGGUACAGGAUCUGGAUGGCAAGAUGAGCAGCAGUGUUGACUUGAGUAACAGUACAUUCCUCCUGAUGGCUGCAGCUAUUUAUUCCCAUGAGGGGGGUUAUGACCAAGCCUUGAGGGCACUGCAUCAAUCUGAAGUUCUUGAGUGUGUUGCUCUUAUGGUACAAAUAUAUUUGAAAAUAGACAGAGUUGACUUAGCUAGGAAAGAAUUAAAACGUAUGCAGGAUAUGGAUGAUGAUAAUACGCUAACCCAGUUAUCAUUGGCUUUAUUCAAUAUGUCUGUGGGUGGUGAAAAAUUACAAGAUGCCUACUACAUUUAUCAAGAAAUGGCAGAUAAAUAUGGUUCUUCUCCAAUGUUACUGAAUGGUCAGGCUGCCUGCUAUAUGGCACAGGGACGCUAUGAAGAAGCCGAGGGCUGCCUGCAGGAAGCAAUGGAUAAGGAUAGUAACAACCCUGAGACAUUGGUCAACAUGAUUGUUCUCUCACAGCAUCUUGGAAAGUCACCUGAGGUUGCCAAUCGAUAUAUUUCUCAACUGAAGGAUUCACAUCGGAGUUACCCUUUUGUGAAGGAUUACUUGAAUAAGGAGACUGAGUUUGAUCGUCUUGUCAUGAACUAUUCACCUUCAGUAUCAUCAUAGGCUGAUGAUCUUCUUAUUAGACUCCUAUUCUUCAUGUUUAUACAUGUAAUAUGCGAUCUCCUCCGUUAAAAGUGAGGUCAAAGAAGCAGUAGUAAGAAGAAAAAAUUGUUUGAUAACUACUUUAGUCGGGUAAAGCAUCCGAUAAUUUGCUGUUAUGAAUGGUUUCUUAAUCUAUGUUUGAGCUGCGAGAGUUCUUUUGACAGAGCAGGUGACAUAUUCUUGGAAUGAUCUUCGAGGACAAAUCUAAAUUUGUCUUCGGGGUACUUGUAAGAGCAAAUUACAGCGAGGCACUGGCGGAUUAUUUGCUAUCGGAACAGAAUGCUAUGAAUGCAUUGUGAAGCAGUCAACAAACCACAAGUGGGUUGAUCCACAUUCAUUAUGUUGAUUUGGACCUUUUGAGCACACAUGCAUUGUGUCUGCCCUUUAAUGUCUAAAGGAGAUGGGAAUUUCUGUUUGGCAGGCACUAUUUAUAAUGCUGGAUCUAUUGAGCGUGGUGCUCGGUAAAAUUAUACAACUUUGUACAUUUUUGCAGAGCGUUGUCCCCUUGAAUUUUAUUCCUGUGGAAUCAAUGAUUGCUAUACCAGAACAGAAAAAGAAAGGUGGGAUGUUUUGUGUCUUUGUUUAUUUAAAAUUAUAAUCUGCUGAAUGUACAGGAUGUAUAAUGAAAAAAUUAUAUUGGAAAAGAUAAAA